UACAAGCUAUGGUGACCAGGUAUUUGCGGCACAGUUGUUAAAAAUGAAAACUUUUGCUGUAAAAAUCAAAUGCUAAUUUUACGCUUUAACUGGUCACCUCUUUUAAAGACAAUUCUGUAGCAAUUGUGUUUUUUCCAGAAAAAUUAUUGACCAACUUUUCCUCUUUACUCAGAUAUCUGAUGAUGAGUUCUCAGACAACACAGAUUAUGAAGAUAUCGACUAUGUUCCGGACUCAACUGGCUAUUCUUCAGACACAAGUGUUCAUAGUAAGGAACUAAGUGAGACAGACAAUUCUCAACAAAAACUAUUAAAAGACAUUUCCUUGGAGAUGGCUACAGCACACAGUCAGGAGAUCACUGAUUCUCAUCGUUCUUCAGUGAUAAGUUGUAGUGCAGACUCGACAGAAAACAUGUCUCACAAUGACUGCUCCAUAAAAGUUGCACCCUUGCUAAGAAGAGGAAAAGAAAGCAAGUAUAACAAAAAACAAUAUUGUCUGUAUUGUAAAAAACCCAUUUCCAAACUGGCAAGACACCUUGAAAGUGCACACAAAGACAAACCUGAUGUUGCUAUGGCUUUCAGUUUAGGUAAAAGAUCACGCAAAAGGAGAGAGCUGUUACGGUCCCUUAAAAAGAAGGGAAACUUUGAACAUAACGCGGCUGUGACAGUCAAAGGUGCUGGAGCAUUUGUUGCCUGUCGAAGACCCACAGUAGAAAAGCAAUCUCAUGAGUACCGUCACUGCAGGUAUUGUCAGGGGCUAUAUGCAAGAGAAAGCCUUUGGAGACACGUGAGAAGGUGCCCUCAGAAACCCAUUGAAGAAGGGUCUCCGACUGGACGAAAGCGCAUACAACUUGAAAUGCCAAAACCUGAUAAAGUUCAUGAGGCUGUUUGGAAAAUUGCAUGUGAAAUGAACCAGGAUGACAUCUCCAUGGUUGUAAGAAAUGAACCAGACAUUCUGCAUCUUGGUGAGUCCUUGUACAAUUGCAGGAAACCAAAUGAAAAAAGGAAUGAUUACAUUCGGCAAAAAAUGAGAGAGAUGGCGAGGCUUUUGAUGGCAGCUAGAGCUACAACACCUGUGAAGAGGACAGAAGACCUUGUAAUGCCCAGAAACUUUCCUCAUGUGAUACAGGCAGUCAGAGCUGUUGCUGGUUAUGAUGUGAGAAGCAACUCUUACAAAGUCCCUUCCUUGGCUCUAAAAUUGGGGCACAGUUUAGCCAAAGUUGCAGGAAUUGUUGAGUGCCGAGCUAUCAUUGCACAUCGCCUCGAUGUUGCCGAGUCAGCCAAGCAGUUUGUCACUCUAUAUCAGAAAAAAUGGGCAGAGUUGAUUUCAUCUGCUGCGCUGGGCACACUUCAACAAGCCAAAUGGAAUAAACCCCAGCUUUUGCCAUUCACACAAGAUGUGUCAUUGCUGCACAAAUUUCUUGAGACUGAGCGUGCUAAGUGCAUGAAGGCCAUGGAAGAAGAGCCAAAUAACAUAAACUUUGGAAAUCUUGCCAAGUUAACUUUGGCACAGGUUGUACUAUUCAACAGAAAACGGCAAGGGGAGGUUUCAAAAAUGGAGCUCAAGGCUUUCACUUCCCGUGGUUCCACAGAGUUGAAUCCUGACAUUAUGAUGUGCCUCAAUGAGUUGGAGAGGAAGCUCGCAAAGCACUUUGAUAGAGUUGAGAUUCGUGGCAAGAGGUCAAGAAUGGUGCCUGUGCUUUUGACACCUGACAUGAUCACAGCAAUAGACCUCCUGGUGAAAAACAGGAAUGACUGUCAAGUCCCCACUGAGAACGUGUACUUAUUUGCACGUCCAGGUGCACUUUCCCAUUACAGAGGCUCUGACUGUCUGCGCAACUAUUCAAACCAAUGUGGCGCAAAGAACCCUGAGGCACUCACAUCAACAAGAUUGCGGAAACAAGUUGCCACUUUAUCCACAGUGCUAAAUCUGAAAGAGAAUGAAAUGGAUCAACUCGCUACAUUUCUUGGACAUGACAUCCGAGUCCACCGAGAAUUUUACCGUCUUCCAGAGAGCACCCUACAGCUGGCAAAAGUCAGCAAACUGUUGAUGACGAUGGAGAAAGGAAAACUAUCAGACAUGCAGGGGAAAGGACUGGAUGACAUAGAGAUACAUCCCGAUGACCAGGUUGUCACAACUGACGACGAUUCUGAUGAGGAAACGAUCGCUGACCUACACCAUCAAGAAGGUUCAAGUACUGAGACUUCUGGGGAUCCAAGCUUAACCCCUGACUUAAACACAUUGAGCAACAUGGAGCCCACUUUAGAUCCAGUCAUGUUGGACUGCUUGGAGUCCACUUCCAGAAAAACCAGCACUGAACCAACUGAUUCCCAGCAGAACACCGCACCUAAAGCCAGUACAGCUUCUUUAAAGUUCUCCAAUAAAAAGAAAGCUGGGAAGGGGAGAAGCAAGUGGAGAGAUGAGGAAGUAACUGCAGUUGAACGACACCUGUUACCGUUCAUCACUGGUUUCAAGGUACCAGGUAAACGGGACUGUGAGGCGUGCCUCCAGGCAGAGCCAGUAGCUCUAAAGGACAGAGACUGGGCUGCUGUCAAAUUCUAUAUUUACAACAGAGUGGUGGCAUUAAAAAGAAGAUUGAACAAAUAGAACUGUAAAAUUGUGACAGAAAUUCUGAGGUGCACUUUUAUUUUUGAUGGACAUUUGAAUGUAUUUUUUUUAAGUAAAUUUUUGCAAGUUUGGUUAAAUUUUAUUUUUUUUAUAUGUGAACAUAUUUUUUCAGCAGAGUUUUAUAUAAAGAAUCUUCUCGCAAUUAAUGUGACCAGCAAUUUUUUUCCCCCAGCCAGCAUGUUGAAAUAUGCUGUGGCAUUGUUUGAUUUAUGUUACUAAAGCAAUGUUCAAUACAUAUUGUAGUUUGAGUUAUGCAAUUGUUUAUUGCAAUUAAAAGACAAAAAACAAA